CUUGGAGUUGCGAUAGUUCAAGAGGUUAUAUCAAUCAUGGGUCAUCGGCCAGGGGCCAGGGCACCAGUAGCUUUCUUAGGGGAGCUGGGAUGAGGUCCACAGGAAUUCAAGUCAGCGUAGAAAUGAGCAUUGUCCUGCCGAGAUAGACUGCGGGCGGUUCUUCCCGUUCGGAUAUCUUCACAUGAAGCUGCUCAACGAUUUUGUGUUGGUUUUUCAGAGACCGACUCCUAGGCAUUAUCCGAAUAGCUGUAAAAGCCUUGGGAAAUCAAUCCAAGCCCAAGCUCCAGGCCCAAAGAAGCUACCUAGCCUCGCAAACCAAAGCAAACCAAAUAUAAACUCGAAACGCAAUAAGGAAGACAAUAUACGUUUCUUCAUUCUCAUCUCCCUCCUCCUUUUCACCGUUUUCGCUCUUGCCAACCCCGAACCUGCCCCUACCCCAGACCCGCAGCUAGGCGACAUCAGCGAAAAACUUCGGGGCAUCGGCGAAAUUCUAACUGGCGAGUUUCCCAGACAAGUUCAAUCCGCGAUCCGCCAUGUCGACGAUUUGCUAGACGGUAAAUCAACAAAGGUUACAAAGAACCUUCUCAUGACAGCUGGACCCGCAACCACUCCUGCGCUCUUGAAGAAAGUCAGCGGCCUCCUAGACGAUGGAAGCAAGCUUUUGGCUCCUGAUUUCGUUAAUCCGACCAAGAAUUUGAUCAAGAAAGCUAGCAAACUGCUUGAUACUGUCGAUGCUUUGUUCAAAUCACUUGGGCUUUAAGCCUAUCAUUGAAUAGAAUCGACAAGUGACGAGAAACGGGGUUCACGGAACCGUGCGAGAAAUCAUAAAGGCCGAAUAUCAAGCGUCUAUGUGCUCGUAAAAUCCCCAUUGCCGGUCCAGAAUGAUCAGAAAAUUCGGGAUGGCUUGAACACUUUGCAUAGGUCCGGGAUGAGGAGGUUGUGCGAAGGCCAGUUUGAUAUCGCAUAUAUCUGCUGCUACUACUGUUAGAUGAUGAUACCCACGAGCAGCUUGUGCCUAGCGAAAUACACGUUUAAUAUAGUUUAGACACUCGCGCAAAAUAUUUAAGGAAUUGAAUAUGUGACUUGACGGGUCUUAAUUCCGACAGG